CAGAAUCACUCCAGCAUCCCCUUAAGAGUACGAGACAGCCAUUCUGUCCAGGCCGUAAGAACCGAAUUUCCGCGUACGUUUCUCCCGCCGAAUCACUCGAGCCCCGGGGGGCAGGAAAGAGUGAGCGAAGCGUGUAUGUACGUCCCUGUCUCGACCGCGUUGCGUUGGCACUCGCCUGUCGCCCCGGUCGGGAAGCGAACGGCCAUACAGUCGCGUACCGGACCGGUGCUGGACGGCACCGCGUGUUCGCCGUUGCCGCGCGAACCCGGAGCCUCGGCUUCUCGUCGCGCAGCACCGCGCGACGCAUCGGGUGCCGGCGGGCGAGCGCGCGAAUUUGUGCACACGCACACGCGCCCGCCGCAGAUUCGUAUUUCGCGCGCGCUGCGUACGUACGCGCGACACCUGUAACCGGCGGCGUGUUCGUGUACAGUCGGGCGCGUUAACGGCGCAUGUCUGAUGCCCCUCGGCUCGCGAGAAUCGCAAGUUGCGAGUCACAGUCGGUCCUCGCUGCGCGUCGGUCGUGAGAAAACUGUUACGAGUUUCGCACGCUCGGUGGGUUCGUCUCUGAAGAGCGGGGAGUAUUGUCGCGCGGCAUCCCUGCGAGUGCGUCGGUGUUGUUAAUUUUAUACGAAGAGAAACGCAGUGUAUUACGUCAUAGCGUCGGCAGCCGCACGUGGUCUCGAGCACGAGCGCGUCCGCGUGCAGGAUCGGCGAUCGCGGGACGUUAACGCGCCCGAUCGUACGAGGAACGUAUGUACGCGCGUCGGGGCAUAUGCACGCAUUAAUCUAACACACGAUCGGCUCGCGGCGCGCAUACGUGCAAUCGUAGUCGCGUACGCGCGCGCAAUACAUACAACACCGUCGCGUUCGACGGACGCCACAUGUGAUCGGUGGCCGCGAGAGUGCGUAGUGUGCGAGCGCGCGCGUGCGUCGGUGUGGCGGUCGGGUGAGACGCCGCGCCGCGAUUGGCCGAGGGGAACGCGUGCCGCUUACGGGCCGUUCCGUGUGUUUCGUGCUUCCGUCGUCGCGAGCCGGAGGAGCGCGCGGUGUGCGCAGUGCACUCCCCACCGCGUGCGCCGUAGUGUGUAACCCCCGCGCGACCGCCAUCUUUGUCAAGUGGGUAACCUUUGUUGAUUUGUGUGAAAUGUGACGCCGUUGUCGCGAGAUAAUUGGUGAUCGUGAUUACGUAUCCCGUGUGCACGGUACAGCCCGGUGGACCCGCGCCCGCGACGCGCUCUUUAUGGAUUUAUCGAUGGGAUCGCCGCGCACAGGGUCAGCGCAAUAGCCGGCGGGUGAGAACGUGAGGAGGCGGUGAGGACUUAGCAUCCCAAGCCGGGAAACUGAAGAGCCAUAGCAGAAUGUAAACGUCCGUUGUCGAGCGUGACGUCGCCUAUCGGCAGGAGGAGGUGGAGGCAGAGGAGAAAGGAGCACUGGCCGUGACUUCGUCGUCAGCGUCGCCGUCGUCGUCGUCGUCGCCGUCCGCGCCGUUCGCGCCGCUGACGGAGACGCGAUGGACGAGUCCGAGUCGCUCGAGACAUGGUCGGGCUGGUUUCUAGACGCGAUCCGGAAGAUCCGGAGUCAGAAACAGCGCCCAAGUGUUGAACGAAUAUGUCACGCGAUACGGCAGCAUCACAAUUUCCACGAGGAGGAGAUCUCCGAGCACUUGGAGAUUGCCGUGAAGCGCGGCGAUGUGCUCAAGAUUUUCAACAAGGGCCAGUCCUCGUACAAGGAUCCAGGCAUUCUCCAAUCCAAGAAGCUCAAGGUCGCCAAAUCGACGGACAUCAGCAAGGUCAUGGGCAAAGCUGUGCGCGAGCUCGGCGAGCGCGAAGGUUCCACGCUGAGGAGCAUCGAGAAGUACCUUAGGCAGAGUCACACCGUCGAGGAGGAUACCGAGGGCGAUCUCAGAAUCGCACUCAAGCUCUCUGCCAAGCGAGCGGUCGAGCGGGGGCUGGUGCUCCAGGACGGCAAACUCUUCCGGCAAACGGACAGGCCGUCGGGUUUCAAGAAGUUCAGCGACGCCUCUCAUACGCCGCCCGCGGAACCGCCCGCGCCCAAGUUGCCGGCUCCAUUGCCGAUAUGCAGAGAGUGCCUCGGUGCGACGAUGGCCGGCAAUAACAACAACAGCAAGCGGAACGCCAACGAGAAGCUAAGCAGGUGCAGCGUCUGUGGCGCGGCGCUGCACAAUUCCUGCGCGCCGCCGGAGCUCUCUGUACUCGUCGAUCGGGGAAUAAUCUGGUCCUGCGACGACUGUUCGCCAACCUGCGCCGGCUGCCAGCUGGAGCGGGAGUCGCAGAAUUAUCUCGUCAAGUGUGCCGGGUGCGUGAAAUGUUUCCAUCCCGCCUGCCUCGAUCCCGCCCUCGACAAGAAGAACAAGACGCCCUGGAAGUGUCGGCAUUGCCAAACGGCGCACACGCCGGUGAGCAAGGACGACGGUAAGCGCGGCAGGGCGCAGGAUGCGAGUUCGACCGAGGACACGCCGACGAGCGCGAGGAAGAGGCUCAGCAAGUUACGCGAGAAUCGAAAAUCGAUGGUAUCCAGAAAAUGCUUGGCGAACGCGACUCCGGGCAAGAAGGGCAGCACGGGAGUGGCUCAGGUGGACAGCAGCUCGGACGGUAAUGCGGGUGUUGUCUCCCCUCGUCAACCACCUUUGAUUUCCUCUCCUUUACCACAACCCCCCACCCCACUCGCAGGCCAGGGUAGGCUGCUCGAGGAAAAGAACGACAGGAUCUCCAAGGAGAAGCAAAAGUUCUUUAGAUUGAGCGCGUUUAACGCUGAGCACAGUAAACUGAAGCGGGUGGGGGGCGGUGAUAAAUCUAGGCCCUCGCGGAGCGUUAACGUUAGGUCGACCCGGGCCGGUAACGCGAACCCGAAGAAGGUCGGGUCGUCGCGAGUAUCUAGCAGCAGUAGCAGCAGCAGUAGCAGCGAGGCCGGUAAUAGCAGCGAGAGCUCGGACGGUAGCGAUAGCAGCGACGAGGACAACGAUGAGGACGACGAGGAGGGCAAUAGCUCGAGCGAGAGCAGCGACUCCUCCUCGUCGGACGAAGUCCAGAACGGGAGAAUCGAGUCUCCCAAGGUGAAGGCGCCAUUCGCUUGUGACCUCAACGAGGACAAGCCGUGGGGCUUCGCCGCCGCCGCCGCCAAGCUGAAAGUAGAGUCGCCUUUCUUCAGCAAUAUCACCAACACUUUUGGCGCGUCGUUACCUAAACUCAACGUGAGCGACACGCCGACAUUUGGCUUGCACAUACAACAGCCAGCUAUCGUCAGUCCGUCGGAUAAUAAAAAGAAAGACAAAUCCGAGCGCAACGUCGCACAGACGGUCGGCCAUGCGAGCACGGAUAACAAGGUCAAGCCUGGAAGCGGUCAAUUGCGAGGCCUAUUCGACGGCUUGAGUCACUUUUUUUCAGCACCCGCGAAUAGCAGGGCGAGAUCGGCCGGUGUCCCGGCGCCGAAUUACGCGCCGGACCGGAGGAAAAGGCCUAACACGGAGGAUACCGCUAAAACGAACAAAGUUCCGCGGGGCACGCAGAGAAACAAAGUGGAGGACUCACCUAGUGCGAGCAAACUCAAGGAUCGAAAAAAGACUGAAACUAUCACUGAGAUAUCGAGAUUACCGAAGCCCGGUAUCUUUGUACCUUCCGACGAGAAUGCAUUAAGCUCAUUUAACGAGAAAUUGCCGAGGAUGACGCCCUCGAGUCUGGUAAAAACUGCGGUGAACAGUAAGAGACACGAGCAGGAGAAGAGAAAGCUGAUGCGAGACGACGCGUCGUCGCUCGUAAAGUGCGCCGCGGAUCCACCCUCACCGUCGAGACACGAACAGCAGCAGCAGCAGCAACAAUCACGAAAGAAGCAAACAGCUUCGGAUCUGAGUACGCAGAUACGCCACCCUGUAUCCGCCGUUGCGAAAUCCUCAGGCCUCGGUUCCGAUCCUAUCAAAUCAAGUCCUAAUCCAAAGUCCAAUCCACGAGCCUGUACUAGCGCCACCACCACCAACACCACCACGACACCCCGCGCGACACCCUGCUCCACCAGGAAGGAGGAGCCAAUUGUGCCGCAAACCUUACCCCCGGGAGUCACGCAAAAGGAUGUGGAUCUCAUCAAGGAGGCUCGCGAGAGGGCUCGGCUGACAGUCAGUAACGACGAGAACGAACAAUUGUGUGUUAGUACGCCGAAUGCGUCUGGCAAUGCACCACGAAAUCCCGCUGCGAUAGUAUUCGGUCGAUACGAGGUGGAAACGUGGUACUCCAGCCCGUUUCCUCAGGAAUACGCGCGAUUACCGAAAUUGUUCUUCUGCGAAUUCUGUCUCAAGUACACGAAAAGCCGGGCGGUGCUGGACAGGCACAUGGACAAGUGUCAGUGGAGACAUCCACCCGCCACCGAGAUUUAUAGGUGCGAUGGAUUGUCCGUGUUUGAGAUUGAUGGUAACGUAAACAAAAUAUACUGUCAAAAUCUGUGUUUGUUGGCUAAAUUAUUUUUGGAUCACAAGACUCUCUAUUACGACGUGGAGCCGUUUCUCUUUUACGCCAUGACCAAAAACGACAGAUACGGCUGUCACUUGGUCGGUUACUUCAGCAAGGAGAAACACUGUCCGGCUCAGAGGUACAACGUGUCCUGUAUUAUGACUCUGCCGCAGUAUCAACGACAGGGUUUUGGCAGGUUUCUCAUAGAAUUCAGUUACCUGUUGUCCAAGGUCGAGGGCAUUCCGGGAACGCCCGAGAAACCGCUGUCUGAUCUCGGCAGAGUGUCGUAUCAUUCCUUCUGGAAGAGCGUUGUGCUCGAGUACUUGGACACGCAUCGAAACGAUACUAAUAUCAAGCUGAGCGACAUCACGAAAGAGACUGGCGUGUCGGCGCACGAUAUCGCAACAACGAUGCAAUUGCUUGGAUUCAUAAGGGCGGUUCAUUUGCCGGGAGAUGCGAACACUAAUAAAGUGGCUGUGGUAGUUGAUUGGAGCAAGGUAGAGGCUCACAUGGCGAAAGUACGAAAGAGUUCCCGCAUCAAACUGGAUGCCGACUGUCUCAGAUGGAUACCGUUGCUCACGCAAAUCCCUAAUCCGUAUCAGAAUCCGGAGGAGAGCGGUGACACUAGCUCGGAAAUGUCUCCUACGAUGGAGCCUAAGUCCGUGCCGGCCGUUGUCGAGAAGAUACAAAGAGUGAAAAUAAAGAAGAAGCCUCGAGGUAGGAGAGUAAGCCAAAGGAAAUCAACACCUUUGAAAUCGACGUCUUUGAAAUCGACACCUUUGAAGUCGACACCAUUGAAGUCAACUCCAUUGAAGUCAACUCCAUUGAAGUCAACACCAUUGAAGUCAACACCGAAGGCUUCGCCGAAGACUGUAGCGUCUCACAAGGACGCGUCCAAAGAAGAGAAGGAUGUUAAAGAUACGAAGGAAAUCAAAGCGGCAAAAGAGUUAAGAGAACCAAAAGAAUCCAUAAGAGAAAGUCGUAAUGCCGAGAGCACGGAGAAUCGGAGAGAUUCUCGCGCGGAAACGGAAGCUAAGAAUGUAACGUCUACGCCAAGAAACGCGCGCUCCCUCGGUUCGACAAGGAACGUAACUCCAACAGUUACGCCGAAAUCGGUGCAAAUGACGAUGUCGAGGAGAAGGAUCAGACCACCUAAAACACUUGCGUCUGAAGCAGUCAUUACGCCUUUGCGAAAACGAAAACAUUCCGAGAAGAUUGGUGUCGAGGAGGAGAAAGAAGUCAGCAGUAGAAAAAGGACGCGAGAAUCUCUAAGGGAGAAGGAAAAGGAGAGAGAGCGAGAAACUGAACGGGAGCGCGAGAAGGAAAAGGAUAGAGUAAGAGAGAGGGAUAGCAAAGCGAAAGAAAGGGAACUUCUGAAAGAAACCUCUGUGGAUACUAGAAAAACACCCCCGAAAUUGGACUCGGCGUCGAGUCCGCCUAAACCGGCCAAGAAACAAUGCAAAGUGGACGAUCUGUUGUUGAAAGUUACCAGCAGACAAACAAAGUUGCAGGCGAAGGAGAAGAAGGCUCUGGAAGAGACGACGCAGUGUAAUGGUAAAGAUGAAGUGCGAGAUGUUAAGAACUCGCCACUGUCCAGGCGGGGUAGAGGCAAAUCGACAGCGGAGGCUCUGAAGAUGCCGCAGCUCACACCGGAAUCUCCCAGCACAAAGAACAGAGCCGAAAGUCCUGUGAUACCGCCUCCUUCAUUGUCUCCACCGCCCGAGUCGACGAAGAACUCCUCCCCUGUUCGAAACAAGCAGCCAUCGGUACCGAAGUCACCGUCCACGCAGCAUCCUGGUAACAGCGAUAACAAGAGCGAGAGCGCGGAGGACAAUGGUUUGCCCGUUCCCACGGAAACGGAAGUGGUAUCCGCGAGUUCUGGCGAAUAUGAGGGCGGCGAUGAGGACGAGGGGGAAGAGGAAGAAAUAGCCGCACCGACGCCUAAACCCGUAACGCAAUUGGCCUCGCCCAGCACGGAGAACCCCGCGAAAGAACCGUGCGAAGACGAGAAAGCUGAUAGUAAGAUUCAGGAGAAGGAAAACGACGAAGGCUCGUUGCAGAAGACGGAAGCAGCGGAUUUAUCACCAGCGGUCGGCGACGAUCAGACUGAAACUUUAAACGAAUGUGAUAAGGACUCCGAGAUUGAGCGUCCAGUUUGCAGUCCGGAGGCAUCGAAAUCAGUACCUGAACCAGUUGCUUCACCAAAAGAGGAGGAAGUCGAGAAGUCGGAGAGCAGCGUUACGCCGAAGAAGGAUGGCGGUGAUAGCCCUCCCAAAGAAGAGCUCGUUCCCGAAACGCCCAUGGAUACCAAAAUUGAUCUGUCGCGACCGAAAAUAGAACCUUUGCCCACGGAGAAGAAGGACACGUGCGCUCUCAACGUGACGGUGACGUCGGAAGCUGAGCCUCUCACGCCGCAGGAGAAACCGUUGCCCACUGUGGAGCAUCAGGAUACGACCUUGCAGUUACAAAAUCAAACGGAGGAGUUGAAACAGCAUUCGCCUGAGAGCGGCAAGACUACGCCGCAUCUGGAGAAUCCGGGCUCGGUGAAGAGAACGCCGCCCUCGCAACCGGAUCUGCCGUCCAUGGGAGUCUACACACCAGACUCAACGACUAACUCCGUGCACUCGCUGCACUACAGCCAGUGCGACCUGGAUGUGAGUCAGUUGGGCCUGGAGUCGCCCACUUCCAUAGCCAGCGAUCUUGCGUCGCAAAACAGCGUGGAGAGGCCGCCCAGUGUUCUACCGUCUAUCUCGUCGUCCGCGAGUGGUCCCGGUCCGAUCUCGGUCUCUAUGCAAAUUGCGACACCGGUCACGUCGUCGGUGCCGGUGAAUAUGCCGCAACAAGUGCAGUACGCCGACUGCUCGAUGUCACAGCAUACGCCACCGGCUCAUCACCCGAGCAUCCAUCCGAUGCAUCAGCCACACACCCCGCAAUCUCUCCAGCAACCGCGUACUCCGCAGAGCAUCCCGACUCAGAGCCCGCAGCCACUUCCGCAGAGUCAUACGCCGCAACCAUUGCCGCAAUCGCACACGCCGCAGAGUAUACCUACGCAUAGUCCGCAGCCGUUACCACAGAGUCACACGCCGCAGCCGUUGCCCCAGUCGCACACGCCGCAGCCGAUGCAGCUGUCGCUGGCGCAGAGUCAAGGCAUGGCGCACGGUCAAUCUCAACAGAGCCAGUCGCAGCAGCAACAGCAACAGCAACCUGCGCAUCAGCAGCAGCCGCAACCGCAGCAAACUCAACAAUCUCAGUCGCACAGCAAGCGCGCUAGCGGAUCGCAGACCACGCACAGAUCCAGGUCUACGCAGCAGAGCAGCAGGUCGCAUCGGGGCACUCCGCCGACGUCUCACACCAGCCAGACCUCCCAGCACAGCGCUGCGACGUCGCAGACCAGUCACAGCAGCAGCACCGUGGCGCACACGACGCACAUCGCGGUGCCGCCUCAGUAUCAGCAGUCUCCGUCGUCGAUGAGCGUGCCCCCGACGGUGCAUUCGCACUCGCAUACCCCACACGCGCACUCGCACAACAUGGCGGUGAUCUCGCAGGGCAAUUACAUGGCGGUGGCGGCAAGCUCGCAGGCCUUCCCCACGCAGAAUACCUAUGUGAUCCAGCAUCGCAGCGGUCGUUCUGUUGCGCCGACGCCCUGCACCACCGCCACAAACUUCUAUAUACAGACGAGCGCGAUGCCACCUCACUCACAUACCUCGGCACCGACCCCGCUUUCCGCCUCCGGUGGCAAUCAUCAGACCACCAAUUCGUGCAGUCUGGCCAAGUUACAGCAACUGACCAACGGUCUGGAGAUGAUACCGCCUACGCCGCCGCCGGCGAUGAACCUCACGCCGCCGCCGCCCAUCCCACACACCAUGACACCACCGCAGACAUCGCGGCAGCUACCGACGCCACCUCAGGUCGGACCCCUGGGUUACCCGAAGAACUAUUACAACAGUGUGUCCGGCACCCCCGGGCCACCCGGCCGGUCCACCUCGCGCUCCGCGAACAAUAUGCCGUCGCUCACGCAGGCGUAUCCCAGCGAGAGCCUCUACCGCCAGACCCUCGACCCGGGCGGCACCUGCCCGCAGAUGCAGAGCGCCGCGAGCCGCGUCAGCCCGAAUGUCGCCCUCAACACGAAUCUCAUGGCAGCCACCCCGUACGGUUAUCGGGUAACGCAACCGACGGGCAGCUAUAUGAAUCAGGCGCAGGCACUCGGCGGUUUCAUGAACCAGAGUCAGCUACCGGUUGGCGUAGUGAACGUACCGGCGCCGUAUCCACAGGACCCGCAUCAGCAAAAUCCGGCGGCUGUCUACACCACGUACCAUGGCUACAUCAACGGUGGCCUCAUGCAGCCCCUCAACAGCUCCAUGAGGCCGCGCUAGCCGUCGCAAUCGUCGCCUGCUCCGACUGGAUCAAUCUCUCUCGGCGUUCCAACGGACGGACGAGCCUCUCCGCGCGACAAGUUAAUGCUCUCUUCUAUACGACCAUCGAUGGCGACCCAUCUUGGAUUUCCCGCUACGUGACCGACGCCGCGGGCACUGGUACACUUCCCCGCCCAUUCGCUGCCUUCAUCAGCUCAGUUCGCGCACCAGAUUUGCUCGAGUCUUCUCGUCACACUGAUUCGUUUGCGUCAGCGCAAUGAUCUUUUUCCGAUCUAGGUACUCCACAGAGCCUUCGAAGAUGAUGAUACUCGUUGCUCGACUGGCGGACAGCAAACACGACAUAGCGUCGAUAUACCGCGAUGGACAGAGUGCGGCAGAUCGCGAGAGAACUCAAUGACGCACUUGUAACAGAAGCGGAAUAUCCAUGUUCGGCAAACCGUUCGUUCAAACAUACAAUUGUGUAUUUUAGUUCUUUAUCCUCGACCCAGUAAAGUAUAUUCGCGAAUCAUUAGUGUAUUAGCGUGUGUCUUGUAUACGCCAGUACGUCGGAGAUCGCUGCGCGAAUAUACAAUGCCCAUUGUACUGUUUUAACUGCACGUUCAAUUUCAGAAAGACAGAAGGGGGAAAGGUGAGGGAGAAUAAUCGAUAAUUGAUAGGAUUCCACUCCGCUCACGCUCUUCGACAGCGGGACGUUUCUUUCCUCCGUGCUGGAGGAAGGCUCGUAUUAAACUGAUUCUUAACUUGUCGACAAAGAUUGCACACAAGGUACAAUUUAAUCAUAGUUAUCGAUCGGUGAUUCUUUGAAGGCACGAGUUCGUAUACUUGUGCGUUUAAAUUAGAAAAAAAAGGGAAGGAAGACGAGACGUUGUCUUGGACGGAUUAAUUUCGGUCGGCCAAGAUACCAAUGCCCUUCAUCUCUACUUUGAAAGAAGGAAAGAAAGAAAAGUGGGGGGGGGGGAGUAAAAAAAAUUGCGGACACCUAUUUUUAGUAGGGCAUUCCUUCGCGAAACCACAACAGUGUUACGUUUUAUGUAUUUAUAUAUAUAUAUAAAUAUAAAUAUAUAUAAAUAUAUUUACGAAUAAUAUUCUGUUUGAUAUUAUAUUGUUGAACAUUGUUGUUUAAGUUGGCACACUUGUACUUUACUGUAUCAUAAAGAAAAAAAAAGUAACUGCGUAA